GAGAGAGAGAGAAAGGACGAUAGUGAGAGAAAGGGAGAGAAGACGCUGACUAUAGGCUACGCCUCUGCAGUUUAAGGAAUAUAUUAAAGGGAAAGUUUUUAACUGGGUGCAGCAGCACCAGUGAGUGAGAGCCCCAGCCCCAGCCCCCAGGCCAGGCCCCAGUCCUCAGUGUGGAGUGAUGGAGCUGCCCCGUGUUGGGAACUGCAGAGCCAGGCGACGAACACCCCUGCUGCUGAUGUGACGGAGACAUGCAAUAUGUAACUCGUGGAUUCUUCUCAAAGGCCCCACUCAAAUCCCUAGACGACAGAAAAAAAGGAGUAACAUCUGUUUAUGCACAUAUUUCUGUUAAAACCCCCCUGGAAAAAACUGAGAUAGACGGAAGAUAAAACACCUUUAAAAAUGAAACAUUAAAAAGAACAAAUUGCCACUGGAGAAACUAAGCAAAGUCGACCUGGUUGAGGAAUCCAUCAUCUCGGGAACAACAUCUUCGGAGAAAGGGCAGGGUCAUGUCCCAGUUGCCAUGCGCAUCACCACGGUGACCUGCCUUCCCUGCCCCUCCCCCCUCCUCCUCCUAUUGGUCCAGCUGCUACUGCGGCUCCUCCUCCCUGGGCCAGAAUUUGUAGGGGCCGCCUCCCCCUGCCCCACCCAUUGCAGCUGCUCCAAUCAGGCCAGUCGAGUCAUCUGUACAAGACAGAGUCUGGAUGGGGUGCCUGAGAGCAUAUCAGUCAACACACGAUACCUCAACCUGCAAGAGAAUUCAAUAGAGCUUAUCAAGUCAGACACCUUCAAGCACUUGAGGCACCUUGAGAUCCUGCAGCUGUCUAAGAACAAAAUCAGUCAGAUUGAGGUGGGAGCAUUCAAUGGCCUGCCCAACCUCAACACGCUGGAGCUGUUCGACAACCGCCUCACUCUGGUCCCCUCACAGGCCUUCGAGUACCUCAGCAAGCUGCGGGAGCUGUGGCUACGGAACAACCCCAUCGAGACGCUGCCGGGCUACGCCUUCCACCGCGUGCCCUCGCUGCGGCGCCUGGACCUGGGAGAGCUCAAGAAGCUGGACUACAUCUCAGACGCCGCCUUCGUGGGCCUGGUCAACCUGCGCUACCUGAACCUGGGCAUGUGUGGUCUGAAGGACAUCCCCAACCUGACGGCCCUGGUGCGUCUGGAGGAGCUGGAGCUGUCUGGGAACCGUCUGGAGAUCAUCCGGCCUGGCUCUUUCCAGGGCCUGGUGUCACUCCGUAAACUGUGGCUCAUGCACUCGCAAGUGAAGGUCAUCGAGCGCAACGCCUUCGACGACCUGAAGAACCUAGAGGAGCUCAACCUUUCCCACAACUCCCUGCACUCGCUGCCCCAUGACCUCUUCACCCCGCUGCACCAGCUGGAGCGGGUGCACCUCAACCACAACCCCUGGGUGUGCAACUGUGACGUGCUGUGGCUCAGCUGGUGGCUAAAGGAGACGGUGCCCAGUAACACCACGUGCUGCGCCCGCUGCCACGCUCCCCCAGGCCUGAAGGGCAGGUACAUUGGGGAGCUGGACCAGAGCCACUUCACCUGCUACGCUCCUGUCAUCGUGGAGCCACCCACCGACCUCAACGUUACCGAGGGCAUGGCUGCAGAGCUGAAGUGUCGCACGGGCACCACCAUGACCUCGGUCAACUGGCUCACGCCCAACGGCACCCUGAUGACCCAUGGCUCCUACCGGGUCCGGAUCUCCGUCCUGCACGACGGUACGCUCAACUUUACCAACGUCACGCUGAGGGACACGGGUCAGUACACCUGCAUGGUGACCAACUCGGCUGGCAACACCACGGCAACCGCCGUGCUCAACGUCACUGCUGCCGACGUUGGCGUCAGCUACUUCACUACUGUCACCGUGGAGACGGUGGAGCCCAACGAGGGCCCGACAGUCUACGCGGGUGUCAUGAAUAGCCACAAUGAGUCAUACGUCAUUACCCCAUCUGGCCACCAGUGGAGGGGGGGGGUCCCUACCACCGCCUCCUCUUUGUCAGCCUGGUCCUUGUCCUCGUCCCGGGCCACCCGGCCCACCUUUACUGUGCCCAUCACUGCUGAGACGGGCUACUCUGGCCUUGACGACGUGAUGAAGACCACCAAGAUCAUCAUUGGCUGCUUCGUGGCCAUCACCUUCAUGGCAGCCGUGAUGCUGGUGGUCUUCUACAAGCUGAGGAAGCAGCACCAGCUGCACAAGCACCACGGCCCCACCCGCGCCAUCGAAAUCAUCAACGUGGAGGACGAGAUUGGCGCCGGUGCCGGCGGACGCGGGAGCGGCAUCUCGGGGGGAGGCACCGUCUCUCGGGAUGGAGGCGGAGGGGGAGGAGUAGGAGGAGGGCAGAGCCUGAGGAUGCACCACCCGGAGAUGGUCAACCUGCCCAACCUGGCCAGACAGGAGCACCUCAACCACUACUACAAGGCACACCACUUCAACAACAACAUGAUGGGCCUGGGCAUGGGCCUCAACAACAACAACAAUCCCUCCCUCUCCCCCUGCUCCCAGACCCAGAGCACCCCCAACUCCUGCGCACAGGGACCCACCUCCACCAGCGGUGGCACCCCCACGGGUGGCUCGCUGCCCUCCCCUGUGCCCCUGCCCCAGCUGGGCAUCCACAGCUCUCUGAAGGGGCUCUUGGGGAAAGGCCAGAACCCUCAGAUCGAGCCUCUGCUCUUCAAGAGUGGCUCCAAGGAGAAUGUGCAAGAGACUCAGAUCUGAGAGAAAGACAGAGACAGAUGGAAAAAGAGAAAGAGAUGAAGAGACAGAAAAACAGGGAGAUGGAGGGAGGGAGAGAGAGAGAGAGAGGAGUCUGAUUGUAGUAUCCCCAUGGCCAUAUUUUGAUAGGAAGUGUAGGCAGGCAGAAUAUGAAAUAUUACAGAGAGAGAGAGAGAGAGAGAGAGAGAGAGAGAGAGAGAGAGAGAGAGAGAGAGAGAGAGAGAGAGAGAGAGAGAGAGAGAGAGAGAGAGAGAGAGAGAGAGAGAGAGAGAGAGAGGCAAACAGACAGACGAGCAAGCCGUACGUGAGUGAGUGAAGGGGUAGAUUGUUCUCACACCUCUACUGUGUCUGCUCAACACCCGUCCAAGCAUUAACAUCUUCUGAGACACUCCAAGACACACACACACACAGCCCGACACAACGACAGGAACACUCUUUCAGCUAACACAUACACAGUGCAUUAUGAGAUUGACAACUAUGUGCCAAACUUGCGCAUAUCUGUGCCAAAGUAAAAGCCCUCGCAAUCUAUAUAUCCAUCAGCAGCAUUCCCAGACUGAAUCAGGUGACCAGGUUCAAUACUCAGACACAAUAAGAAUCACAACAGUUAUAACUAUAUACAGAUCACCAUGUACAGUAUAUAUAGAGAUAAGAUCUGAGUCACUCUAUUGAAGUAGGCGGAUUAGUGUUUGGGAUACUCUCAGAGCAGUACAGGGCUGCCCAGAUGCACUCUGUGGAACAGGACAGAAAGGAAACCAUUGAGCAGAACACCGUUUAGUGUCAGACAACAAGCACUGUGUAGGAAGAGGAAACAACAACAUCAACAACGGUUGUGUUUUACUUAGUGGGCUCAAUCUCACUUUCUCCCCUCUUUCACACCUGACUGGCUACUCUCUUUAAAGGAGAAGAAGGAAAAUGGGGUGAAUCAUCAUUUUAAAAAAAAUGUAAUAGCAAAAAGGACUACGAAAGAUACAAAUAAACUGUGAAAGUACAUAUAAUAUAUAAAUAUAUUUUCAUUCGAAUAGAUAAAUUAUGAAGAAUCUUUACCAAGUUUCUGACUAAAUAGCCACAGCUUCUGAAGAAUAUAUGAACUGCUGUCAUAGCAGUCAUCACUAUGAAAACUUUGUUUGGCUAGAAACAAGAUGGCCGACAUUUCCCCUGCCUGCUCCUGUGCUGGAAAGGGACAUACUGUAGUACAGGUUUUGGAUGAGCAAGAGCUAAAAGGGGAAACUGGCAGAGUGUUUGAUUGAAUUUAUUUUGGCUUAAAUUUUUGUAGCAUCACAAAGCGUUCCCUCUCAUGCACAUUUACAUAAACAGGGUCAAUGGAGAAGGGGGAUCUUUACUCUCCAUUUAAUGAAAAUAUAUGAAAUAUGAUUACAAAACGUUGCCCUUUGAUACAAACAAUAUGGCUAUUGUAAUGCUGAUAAUAAUGAUGAUGAUAAUUAUAAUAAUUAUUUAGAAUUAUAAUAAUAAUAGUGAACAGUAAAUGCAUAACAACCGUAUACUGUAGAUAGCUCUUAAAAGCAGCUAUAGGUUUAGCAUGCUCUCUGAUUCAAAUGGUAAUAUCUAAAAUUGCAAUGUGAUCGGUUUCAACAUCAUGCAUUCAGUAUACCUACAUGCAAUAUAUCAUGAUAUUGAGAACAAAUUAUUAUUAUAAUUAUCAUUAUCAUUAUUAUAAUUAUUAUUAUUAUUAUUAUAUACACUGA